CCUACAUAUUAUAAUAUAUAAAGUACAGCUUAAAUAUCUAAUACUUAAAAAAAUCUCUUGACCCAAAACCGAACCAGCCCAAACCACCAACCCGAAUAAUAUACUAAAAGAGCAAGACGUGUAGCUUACACAUCUUGGCGCCGCGUCUCUUUCUGCGUGUGAAUGAAAGUGACAUUUAUAAUAGUAUCGAAAAACCCUACGUUCUGAAAUCUUCACUCCCAUUUGUAUAAAUUUCGCUUAAAACCUAAACCCUCAAAGAGAGAGAGAGACUGAUCGAAACAACGACGAUGCUUGGCGUUCUAAGGCGAAGAGUCGUUUCUGGGGGCUCCUCUGCUUCGAUUUUGGGGCACUCACUGCUGUCAAUCCGACCUGUUGCAAAAUCGGAGAUUUUACUUCAACCCAAAGGAGGAUUAGACCGUAUUCGAAACCUUUCUCACCUCAUUUUUGCAGGUUCCUCGCCUUGUAGCAGGACAACAAGGAAUGUUGGUGGCUAUAUUCUGCCAGAGCCUAUCAGGCAAAUGUGGAGCAGGCCCUUUUCUUCAGAGAUUGGGGAUAUGGUUGAUGCCGUCGUCCCUUUUAUGGGUGAAUCUAUCACUGAUGGCACUUUGGCGAAAUUCUUGAAGAAGCCUGGUGAUAGGGUUGCAGUUGACGAACCAAUUGCUCAAGUUGAAACAGAUAAGGUGACGAUUGAUGUUGCUAGUCCUGAAUCCGGUGUGAUCCAAAAGUUUGUGGCCAAUGAAGGGGAUACUGUCGAACCAGGCACCAAGAUUGCUGUUAUCUCAAAGUCCGGUGAAGGUGUAGCCCAUGUCAGUCCGUCACUGAAGACAUCGGAGAAAGCUCUUGCUCAACCAUCUCCCCCUGUUGAAAAGAUUGUCAAGAAGAAAAAACCUAAAGUUGAAACUACACCUGUUACUGAAAAGCGUAAAACUCCCUCUUCACCACCUCCUAAACCCUCUGCCAGAGAACCUCAGCUUUACUCUAAGGAAAGGGAAAGACGAAUUCCAAUGACAAGGCUUCGGAGGCGGGUUAGUAUAAGAUUGAAGGACUCACAGAACACAUUUGCAAUGCUGACGACAUUCAAUGAAGUUGAUAUGACCAAUUUGAUGAAGCUUCGUUCUGAGUACAAGGAUGCAUUUGUUGAGAAGCACGGAGUCAAGUUGGGGCUUAUGUCUGGAUUUAUCAAAGCUGCCGUCAGUGGUCUCCAAAACCAGCCUACUAUUAAUGCAGUCGUUGAUGGGGACGAUAUCAUAUACAGAGAUUACAUAGAUAUAAGUAUAGCCGUUGGCACUCCAAAGGGCCUUGUUGUGCCAGUUAUCCGCAAUGCUGAUAAAAUGAAUUUUGCUGAGAUAGAGAAGGAGAUCAACACCCUCGCAAAGAAAGCAAACGAUGGAUCUAUAUCAAUCGACGAGAUGGCUGGAGGUACAUUUACAUUAUCUAAUGGUGGAGUUUAUGGAAGCCUUCUAAGUACCCCCAUCAUCAAUCCCCCUCAGUCGGCAGUCUUGGGUAUGCACUCAAUAGUUAACCGUCCAAUGGUUGUCGGAGGCAACAUUGUCCCGCGGCCGAUGAUGUAUGUUGCUCUUACCUAUGACCAUAGGCUCAUUGAUGGAAGAGAGGCAGUUUACUUCUUGCGUCGUAUUAAAGAUGUUGUGGAGGACCCUCAGAGGCUUCUCCUCGACGUAUGAAGCCCCCCAUCAGCAGUGGUACGUGAUUUGAUUCGGGUUUUUGAAAAAAUCUGAUAUACUACAGGAAACAUAAAUACGGAAGGCACCAUUUUUGGUAGGAUUUUGAUCUGUUAACUGAGAUCCUAGGUGAGUUGUUCAAUUGAGGCUUGUCAGGCUGUGUUUUCUACUUCUAAUAGUUGAUCGACCCCGUUUUCUAGAUGUUUUGAGCUACUGUGAAUCUUAUAUCGUAGGAAUUAUUUCCAAGGAACAUGUAUUUAGAACUUCUUCAAAUCCUUGUGUAGAAUUUAUCUCAUGUCGAAAGACAUUAUAUCCUAAACUCGAUUCUUAGAUUUUUUUUUGGCUGAUUAUUUGAUGGUUUGUUUUGAUGAUCCCCAUAA